AUGUGGUUGGGAAUCGCUUUCGUCAGAUCGACUAUUUUCAGCCAACUGCUCAAUACAGUCCACUUCCAUGCACAUCAAUCUCUUCAGAAUCUUCUGAAUCUGAAGGAAUCUGUGCCGACUACCUCAGCAAGGUAG